AUGGCCGUGAAGCACAACAACAUCCUUCACAACAACCACUUCCGCAAGGACUGGCAGCGUCGGGUCAAGGUCUGGUUCGACCAGCCCGGUGCCAAGAAGAGGAGACGCACUGCGCGUGAGGCCAAGGCUGCCAAGCUGGGCCUGCGCCCCGUCCAGCUUCUGCGCCCCGCCGUGCGAUGCCCCACGCUCCGAUACAACACCAAGAUCCGCUCUGGUCGUGGUUUCACGAUUGAGGAAGUCAAGGCUGCCGGUCUGGGCAAGAAGUACGCGCGCUCUGUCGGUAUCCCCGUCGACCACCGUCGCCGCAACAAGUCUGAGGAGAGCCUCAAGCUCAACGUUGAGCGCAUCAAGGCUUACCAGGCGCGUCUUGUGGUCAUCCCCAAGCUGACCAAGAAGAACAAGGACAAGAAGGUCGACCUCUCCAACGUCGAGGCUGUUCGCCAGGUUCAGUCGGUUCUUCCGCUCCCUGCCGGUACCGAGGCCGAGAAGCCCCGUGCCAUCACCUCGGAGGAGAAGGAAUUCAACGCUUACGAGACCCUCCGCAAGGCUCGUGGUACUCACCGUGCCGCCGGCAAGGUCAAGGCCCGCAUCGCCAAGAAGGAGGAGGAGGCUGCCAACGCCAAGAAGUAA